ACUCCACUGCGCUGCUCAGCUGCUCUGCCUCUGCUAGAGCGCGCAGGGCGGCGCGGCAGCGGCGGCGAUGCCGAGCUCACGGCGGACCACCGGCCGCGGCGGCGCCGGGGCGGGUGAUGCGGGAGGGGGCGACGCCAGGGACGUGCCGCCGUUCAUGGGCAACAACCGCGACCACAACCCGCGGGAGCUGCGCUCCUGGGCGCGCCGCACGGGCUUCCACUCCUCCGCCUUCUUCUCGGGGGAGUCCAACUCCUCAGCCGCGGCGCCGCAGCCCCCACCACCGCCUCCGCCAGCCACCUCCCGCCGCCCGGCGCCGGAGCGGCGGCGGGACCCGUACCCGGACACGGAGGACGAUCUCGAGCCCGCGCCGCCGCUGGACCUGGAGCGCGGGCCCGCGGCCGGGCGCGGACGCGGCGGCGGGCACGGGGGCCGCCAGCGCCGCCGCAUCGACCUACGCGGCGAGCUCGAGAUCCCGCCGGGCUUCGGCCGCGAGGAGGCGGACCCGGACGCGGGGAGGGGAGGAGGCGGGCGCGGUGACGCGCGGAGGAGGAAUGGCGGCGUCGAGAGGGAUCAGGCGGUGCCCAAUGCGGGCCGGAACGGGAACGGCGCGCUAGCGGACGCCGAGGCGCGGAAGAAGGCGGAGGAGGCCGAGGCCAAGCGGAAGGCGGAGGAGGCCGAGGCAAGGAGGAAGAAGGAGGAGGAGGAGAGGGACGCCGAGCUGGCCGCGUACUACCAGGAGCAGUGGGCGAACGAGGAGGAGGAGGAGGGAGCUGCGGAAGCUGCCGCGGCCGAGACGGCGCCGCUGUAUGGGGCGUCGGGACUACGGUGCGGCGUCACCGAGAACCCCGGGUGGGCGCCCCUUAUAUUUUAUGGCAUACAACAUUAUCUGUCAAUAGCUGGUUCACUUGUUUUUGUUCCUUUGAUACUGGUACCAACAAUGGGUGGAUCUGAUGAGGACACUGCAACAGUCAUUUCCACCAUGUUAUUAGUCUCUGGUCUCACUACAAUACUUCAUACUUUUUUGGGUUCUCGGCUUCCACUGGUUCAAGGAAGCUCUUUUGUAUAUUUGGCUCCAGCGUUGGUAAUUGCGAACUCUGAGGAGUUCAGAAAUCUUAGUGACAAUAAAUUCAAGCACAUAAUGAGAGAAUUACAGGGGGCUAUACUUGUUGGUUCAGUAUUCCAGAUAAUGUUAGGAUAUACUGGUCUUAUGUCACUGUUUCUGAGGUUAAUAAAUCCAGUUGUCGUGGCACCAACUAUUGCUGCAGUGGGUUUGGCGUUUUUCAGUUAUGGUUUCCCUCAGGCUGGCACCUGUGUAGAAAUCAGCCUGCCCCUCAUUCUGUUGGUUCUGCUGUGCACUCUGUACAUGAGAAAAAUAUCCCUGUUUGGCAACCGUAUCUUUCUUGUGUAUGCGGUGCCCCUCAGUGUCGCAAUUGUAUGGGCUUAUGCAUUCUUCCUAACUGCUGGUGGAGCAUAUAACUUCAAAGGCUGCAGUUCAAAUAUACCCAGUUCAAACAUACUGUUGGAUUCAUGCAGAAGGCAUUUAGAAACCAUGAAGCGCUGUCGCACUGAUGUUUCUAAUGCAUGGAAAACUGCUGCCUGGGUGAGGGUUCCCUAUCCGUUCCAAUGGGGCCCUCCUACAUUUCAUUUCAAGACGGGUAUCAUCAUGAUAAUAGUCUCGCUAGUUGCUUCAGUUGAUUCGCUUUCAUCAUACCAUGCUGCUUCACUGCUGGUAAAUUUAAGUCCACCAACACGGGGAGUUGUCAGCAGAGGGAUUGGGCUUGAAGGGAUUUCAACUUUCAUUGCUGGAGUGUGGGGUACAGGUACCGGAUCAACAACAUUAACGGAGAACAUACACACCCUUGAAACAACCAAAAUGGCCAGCCGGAGGGCUUUGCAGCUUGGGGCAGCCUUGUUAGUCAUCUUCUCAUUCUUUGGUAAAAUCGGAGCUCUCCUUGCCUCUAUACCUGUUGCCUUGGCUGCCUCCGUUCUGUGUUUCACUUGGGCACUAAUCGUUGCACUCGGCUUAUCCACAUUGCGAUACACCCAAGCAGCAAGCUCCAGGAACAUGAUAAUAGUUGGAUUUACCCUGUUCAUCUCACUGUCAAUCCCUGCAUAUUUUCAGCAGUACGAACCCAGCUCCACUCUUAUCCUGCCAAGCUAUCUUCUUCCAUAUGCGGCAGCAUCAAGCGGACCAGUCCGCACAGCCAGCAGUGGGCUGAACUAUGCGGUGAAUGCGCUCCUAUCCAUCAAUGUCGUGGUGGCUCUCCUUGUGGCGCUACUACUCGACAACACGGUGCCUGGCAGCAGGCAAGAGCGAGGGGUGUACAUCUGGUCAGACCCAAAGUCCCUGGAGGUGGAUCCUGCAACCUUGGAACCCUACCGGUUGCCCGAGAAGGUCUCGUGCUGGUUCAAGUGGGCCAAGUGCGUCGGCAUCUAAUGGCUAUGUGCAUAUUACUGAUGAGAGGCACGGCGGUGAAGAUUCUAUUUAUUCCAUUGCUACCACUCUAUUGUAGGAUUCACUAUAUGGAAUAUAUAUACGGAUGAUACGUAGUUAGGGGCCUCUCUAGCUGCGGUUAGCUUCAAGGCCCUGUUUUCCAAUGUUAGGUUAGGACAGCUCUUGUAAAGUUUCUGUUAGUGCACUUUAUCGUUUAUGUUAGAGAGGA